AGACAAAUAAGUACAACAUAAAAACAAAAAUGUGUAUUAAUUUUUCAUAAGCACAGUAUAAUACAGUGAAACAAACUAAAUAAACCUAAAAAUGUGAUCAACAGAUCAAUAAAAUUAUCUCAGACAAGUUCAAUGGGCAAUUUAGCCUAUUCAUUAAUGUGUGAUAAAUUCAUACAGUUUAUAUCACUGCUAUUGUUAUUUUUGCACCGUUUGGUUGUCACACUCCAUCUCUUGCGCUUGUUUUGCAGAGCAGGCUGAUCCGUCUUGCCCUGGAUGUCACUUCUCUUGAGCUCCACAUGCUAAAGCCAGCUUGUGAACUUCGAGUGGAAUGUGGACGUGUAGUAGAAGUAGUUUGUGUCAGUGCAUUCACACUAACAUAAAAAGUGGUGUGCAUUUUCCUUGCGUGGAAGGCCGGAGGAAAGACUGCAUAUAUAGCUGGUGAAAGUCAGUUUAAGUUAACGCAAUUGCAGAAACAUGUCCUCCUCUUCUUUGGGUAGACGUGUGGUUGCCUGCCUCCUUAACAUUUCUGAGGCGCGCAGAAAAGAGCUGGUGGAGACUGUGGCCAAGGCAGCUUUAUACGACUCUCAAGGUGUUAGAAAAGAAGGAACAACAGUCCUGAACAUCUUCAAUGACCAUGACUAUAACCGCUCUGUCAUCACUAUCGUGGCCAGUAUCGACUCUAUCAGAGAGGUGGUUCUGUCCGCAUGUGAGAAAGCCUGUGAGCUGAUUGACAUGCGUGACCACACAGGCGUUCACCCUUGUAUGGGUGCUGUCGACCUUAUACCCAUCUACCCCCUGGGUGAGGAGGUGGGUGUGGAGGACUGUGCCAAAGAGGCCCGAGCUGUGGCUGAAGGACUGACACAGAGGGUCCGGGGAACCAGUGCCUUCCUGUUUGGAUGGGCGGACUCCCCCCUUCAGCGGGGACUGGCCCAGAGGAGGAAAGAGAUGGGCUGGUUCAAGAAGACCACAGACCUGCAAGUAAUCAGACCUGACGUUGGACCUCCACCACAGAAGCAGUUCGGUCUCACAGGUGUUGGGACCAGUCCUUACGUCAUGAACUGCAACGUCACUAUUGACACCCAGGACAUCAACUUGGGCCGCAGCAUAGCCACGGCCAUCAGGGAGUCCACCCUGGGGGGUAUCCCUGGGGUGCAGGUGCUGGCUUUACCACACGAUGGCACUGUUGAAAUCGCAUGUAAUGUGGAAAGCGUGAAAGGCAGUCCACCCAGUAACAUGGCUGCAGGCGAAGCGUGGCCGUCUUUCAGCAUCAGUGGUCAGCCAUACUGUCACGCUCCGGCUUCUCUCAUCACGGCAAGGGUUGCAGAGCUGGCUGGGAGGCAGGGGGUGGGCACAAAGGGAACAGCGCUGGUGGGGUUCACCCCCCAUGAGUGCAGGGGCCUUGCAGAGUUUGCGCUGUCCCAAGGGAUUGCUGAGUUCUGGAAAGAGCAGCGCAGGAUCCGUAUGUAAAAACAAAUCCUCUCCAGAACCAGUGAAACCAUAGACGAGUACACGUCAUCUGUUUAAUGUCACAUAAUUAUUUUUCCUCAUGCAGCUGCUAACAGCCUUGGGUUCCAAUGUUCCCAAAAUGUGACGUAUACGCUGAAGAAGAUAAUCAUGUCAUUUAAGUAAUUUCUUUAAUUUAUUUGAAUAAUAUUAUUUCCCAGUGGAUGUUGACAGUUGGUAGAAUAACUGUUUUCCUAUGAUAACAUAAAAUGUAAUAAAUAAUUUGUUCUUAUAUUUCCAAACCUCUUCAUAAUGUGUGUAAACUGUGUUACAAGAGACUGUGGUUUACAUUUCAGUUUUAUUCAGUGUCUCAGACAUAAAACCAUGAAUCCCAGCAUGUUGUCGUCCACAUCGCAAUCCGAGGCAGCACGUUUCUUUUGUGUGUGUCAUUUCCUGUUUGGAACAAAUAGGACACUUGUGUUUACUGAUGAGUUUGCGCUGAUGAGCCUUUUCCCAUCAUUUUCCACCAUCAGACUGACUGUGCAUGACUCUGUGGGAGAGUCACCAUGUGUGUGUGUGAAACGGCUAUUUUUAUCACAAAAGCUGAACAUGACCUUCUGGAAAAAUCCAGCCAUUUGAUUUGAUUUUGACUAAUCACCAACAUGUGCAGAUUAAUUUUAAAGCUACAUUUUAGCUUUUUACCAAGUACACAGUGUUUGAAAUUAUUAUGAACAGGACAUUUAUGUUUUUCUAAAACAACUAAUAGAAGUGAAGAUUUUUAGAAUUUUUUAACAGUUAUGUAAUGUGUAUGAGACCAAAACCGUUAAUGACUGAACAGCUUCUUCACUAUCUUGAGAAGAAUUCAAAAUACAUGAUUCCAAAUAAUUAUGGACACUUUGAAAUGUAUUAAUUCAUAACACAUUUGACACAACUGUGUCAGCUGCAUUAAAAAAAAACUAAAAUCACUG